ACCAUGACCAACCCGCCCCUGAUCAAACAGUCCGCGGCCUCGCUGCGAGCCCUCUGCGCCUCGUGCGGGCUCAAAAAGUCCGGCACCAAAGCAACCCUCGUCCAGCGCCUCCGCCGGGCCGCCAGACGCCUCCAGCCCCUGCCCCCAACCGUCCGCAUCCUCAGCAUCGACCUCGGCCUCAGGAACUUUGCCUUCUGCCUCCUCAGCCCCGCAGCCCAACAACCCCCCGCCUCACCAUCCCAGCAGCCCGCUUCCUCCCCCGCCAUAAUAACCUCCCCCGUCCACCUCCACGCGUGGCACCGCCUGGAUCUGACCCUCCCCUCAACCCCGACCCCACCCCCACCAAAAGCAGACCAAACCAAAGGCGGACAGAACCCAAACCUAACCCGCGAAGACCACGAAGAAGGAAGAAAAGAAGAAGAUGACGAUAGUGAAGAAGAAUUCUCCCCCGCCGCCCUCGCCGCCCUCGCCCUGCGCCUGGCAACCACCCACCUGCUGCCGCUGCGGCCGAGCCACGUGCUGAUCGAGCGCCAGCGCUUCCGCACGGCCGGCGGCGCCGCCAUCUUCGAGUGGACGCUGCGCGUGAACACGCUCGAGGCGAUGCUGCACGCCGUGCUGGCCGCGCUGCGGCGCGGGAGGCGCUCCGGGGCCGAUGAUGAUGAUGUAGGCGGGUGGGACGGGGAGGUGAGCUCGGUACCGCCGAAGCGGGUGGGCGGGUUUUUGUUCCCUUCUGGGGCGGACGGGGAGAGGUUACCGGCCGGGGAUGGGGUCAUCAGAGGGAAAGGGAAGAACGCGGCGUAUCUGGCGCUGAAGAGGGAGAAGGUCGACCUGUUGACGGGGUGGUUACGCGAUGGCGAGAUGGUGGUACCGAAGACGGCGCAAGCGAGGGAGAUGGCGGGCCUGUUUCUGGAGGGGUGGGAGGCAAGAGAGAGGAAGAAGGCUGGCGGUGGUGAGAAGCAUAAGGGGUACCGUAAGGGAACAGUGAGGGCGGAGAAAAAGGCGGCGGAUGAGCUGGUGACUAAGAUGGAUGACUUGUCCGAUGCCGUGCUGCAGGGGAUGGUUUGGCUCCAGUGGCAGAGAAAUUUGGAAAGUCUGGUGAAGCAACAACCGGAACUGCUCGAUGAGCAUAGGGGGUGA